CCUGCAAGUUGAAUUAAAAUGCACAGAUGGUUUGCACUGUAUUUUGCUUUUGAAAAGCACUGCAAAAUUAUGGCUAUUAUGUCCUUCCCAAAUCAUUUCGAGAAUCGUUUACGCUUUUCUCUUAGCUUGUACAAAACCAUAUCAGCACACAUUCCCGACUCAGAUAAUUUCUUAGUAUCCCCUUUAUCGGAAGAAUUGGCCGCUGUUACGGCAUAUAUUGGAGCGCAGGGCAGAACACGAAGUGAAAUAGCAGAGGUUUUAGGCUUGACGGCGGAUUACAAAAUCGAGGACAUUUCGGACUGUUUAGCAAAAAUUAUCAGCGAUGAAACCGGAGAGAUCGAGUUCCCACCAGAGAAUUGGAGCAAAAACUUCGAAUUCUCUGCUUGCGUUGGAGUAUUUGUCGACGAAAGUGUACGAUUGAACGCAAGUUACACAGUGAAUGCUCAGAAUCUCAUCAAGGCAGUUUGCGUACCUGUCCGGUUUGCUGGUGAUCCUGAAAGCGCUUGGGAAAAUGUGAGAAACUUUAUAACGUCGCACACGAAAGGGAAGGUGCAAGACGUCCCGGAGCCAUCAAAGAUUACGCCGCCUAAUUUGAUGUUUGCGACUGCUCUUAAUUUUCAAGCAAACUGGGCGGCUCCUUUUCCUGAAAUCCAGACCGGAAAGAAAUGGUUUACCCUCGCUUCCGGUGCCAAAGUGCAGGUGGACACAUUGCACGGAACGUUCACUCGGUUAUGCAAGUAUCACGAAAGCGCAACGCUCCACGGUGCUAAGAUCCUUCAAGUUCCGUACAUGGGACAUUUUUUCAAAGCCUACUUUAUUCUCCCAGGCCAGGAAAAUUUGUCCUCUUGUGAAGAUGGACUGAGCCGUCUGGAAGAUCUUCUGACACCCACUCUGUUACAGCAGGAAAUGAGAAAGCUGGACUUUGCUCAUAAAGUAACGAUUGAGAUGCCCAAAUUUAGCUUGCAGUGCACCAUGGCUGUGGAAAAUUUCCUCUGGGAAAUGGGGAUGCCCUCGGCAUUUACUGAGGAUGCUGACUUGUCGGGUGUGUCCACACUGUCACCUUUGAAGAUUUCUACAAUCACGCAGACAGCGGUUUUUGGAAUCGACGAGAACGGUUCUGAUCCCUGCCCCGUGGCCGUACCCACCGAUCGUCUUAUCUUUAUGUCCUGGAUUCCGCAAAAUACAGAGAAUUUCAUAGCCGCUCGACCGUUUUUAUUUGUCGUAUGCCACGACGAAACAGGCUCGAUUAUUUUGAUGGGGCGCAUUUGUAACCCUCUUAUUGCCUGAAUGGUCAUAAAUCGAGUACAGUUAACUAGGAAAGUACACCGCUGUUGGCUCGCACUGAAACAUCGAAGAAGGGGGAAAAAUUAAAUAAACACUUUAGGAGGUUAAUCUUUUUUUGUAAAUUUCCCAUUUUUAUUUAUUAUUUUUUGAGUUCAUUAAAUAUAGCUUCCAACAUUGUUUCCCUCUUAUGAAUUUAUUUAAAAUAUGAAGGCGUGACGGACAAAAGUCCCGUUUUCUUGAGCAUAGAGAACCUUCGCUUCGGUCGACCAUGCAACUGGAGAAAAUCACCUACAGUAAUUCCACGAGAACACAUGGGAGCAAAAUUUUUCUGGCGACUGUUUCUUUAACGGAGACAAAUAUGAACACCUUCGGUAGAAAUCAGAAAAACAUCGCGGUACUGCUUAAAGUCGCUGGACAACGGUGGGCUGCAGAAUGCAUAGCACAGACACGGAAUCACGUACUGCUGCAGUGCGUAGAAAAAAGUUGUUUGGUUAACGAUUUUGGUUUUUGCCAGUAAAGAUUUAAAUGACUGUUUUUGCCGGCGCUGCAGGCGACGUGUACGCGGCACAAGCACGAUCAGCCGCCGACUUGAGUGUUUUUUUCUUUUCAAGGUUAACGGAUAAGUUACGGAUUCGUCUGCCUUUGGCAAUAUUAAUUAUUAAAUGCACCGCAAGUUUUGAUAGCGUUUAUACUUGUUUGUUUCCCAGUUGAUACUACCGACAACAAAAUUUAAUAGUGUCUGAGAUAUGGAAUUCGAGCGAAUGCUGAAACGUGACUCAAUAUCGGCAGUUCGUUUAUCGUUCAGCGGUUUGUCCAUGCUGUAAAAGAUGCAAUACUAUUUCAACCCUUUCAAUGAACCAAUUCUGAACU